AUGCAGACCGACACCGGCGGAGGCGGCGGUGAGGCUGCCUCGAGCGUGAAGGAGAUGACGCUCGACGAUGCCGCUCUGAUGGAUGGGCAUGCUUCUGCCGGCGAGGGGCCACCAGUGGCCGAGGAGGCGGACCUGGAGAGGGGCGAGGUCACGGACGAUUCUGCGAAGGAUGACUCAGAAGAUGACGCGGUGCUCCGCGCCCACAGCCGAGCAGAUGUGAGCGUGAGGAGCAGGAAGCCCUCCGAGAGCGGGAGCGCGCUGAGCCGCCAGUGGAGCACGCACAGCCCGACGGAGGGCGCGCCACGCUGCCGGACCUCGAGCGCGGAGAUCGAGGCUAAGGCGAGCAGGAGCUCGCUGGGCUCGAACGCAGUGGGGCCCGUGAAGUCCGCGAAAACCGUCAAGAGCACGGGGGCGCUGCUGGCCGACUCGGCAUCGGCACGACCUCGCUCGGGCGAUGUCGAGGGCGACGGCGCUCCGCUGACCCCUGGCGCAAGGGCCUCGGAAGGACCGUCGCCGGGCGCGCCAGCGGGCGGCGAGCAGAAGGGCGCGCUGCAGGUGGCUCUCGCGGUCCUGGCGCUCGGCCUUGCCGCCGUCGCCGACUG